GUAACGCAUGGGCAAACACGAAGCCGGACGGAGCCACGUAAUUCUAGCAAACGUACACUUAUUUUACGGUCUUGAAAACAGCAGAGUUUCUCUGCCUGCAAACAACACAACAGACAAAGAUGCCGCUUCGUUUGGAUAUCAAGCGGAAACUGUCCGCUAGAUCUGACCGAGUAAAAUGUGUAGACCUGCAUCCAAGUGAGCCAUGGAUGUUGGCCAGUCUGUAUAACGGCAAUGUCCACAUCUGGAACUAUGAAUCACAACAACUGAUAAAAUCGUUUGAAGUAUGUGAUCUGCCUGUGAGGUCAGCAAGAUUUGUUCCAAGAAAGAAUUGGAUAAUAACUGGAUCUGAUGACAUGACAAUCCGAGCAUUUAACUACAACACACUUGAAAGAGUUCACCAAUUUGAGGCUCACUCUGACUACAUCAGGUCCCUGGCUGUCCAUCCAACACAGCCAUUCAUCCUCAGCAGCAGUGACGACAUGUUGAUCAAGUUAUGGGAUUGGGAGAAGAAGUGGACAUGUACCCAGGUGUUUGAAGGACACACCCACUAUGUGAUGCAGAUCAUCAUUAAUCCCAAGGACAAUAACACAUUCGCCAGUGGAUCUCUCGACAGGACAGUCAAGGUCUGGCAGCUGGGUUCCCCAACACCAAACUUUACACUGGAAGGACACGAGAAAGGUGUUAACUGUCUGGAUUAUUACUCUGGCGGAGACAAACCAUACCUAAUCUCGGGGGCUGAUGACAGACUUAUUAAAAUCUGGGAUUAUCAGAACAAAACCUGUGUACAGACGCUGGAGGGACAUGCCCAGAACAUUUCAACAGUUUCUUUCCACCCUGAGCUACCUAUUAUCAUGACAGGGUCAGAGGAUGGGACAGUUCGUAUCUGGCAUGCUAAUACCUACCGAUUGGAGAGUACGCUGAACUAUGGACUAGAGAGGGUGUGGACUAUUGCCUGUCAGAAGGGGUCAAACAAUGUCGCCCUCGGCUAUGAUGAGGGAAGCAUUAUCAUCAAGCUGGGACGAGAAGAGCCAGCAAUGUCGAUGGACAACAGUGGAAAGAUCAUCUGGGCCAAACAUUCAGAGAUCCAACAAGCAAAUAUCAAGGCCAUCAGUGACCAGGAGAUCAAAGACGGCGAGCGUUUACCACUGGCUGUCAAAGAUAUGGGAAGCUGUGAAAUAUACCCUCAGAAUGUCGCCCACAAUCCAAAUGGAAGAUUUGUUGUGGUUUGUGGAGAUGGUGAAUACAUCAUAUAUACAGCUAUGGCCCUGAGGAACAAAAGCUUCGGGUCAGCCCAGGAAUUUGUCUGGAGUAACGACUCGUCAAUCUAUGCUACAAGGGAGAGCACAAGCAUGGUCAAAAUUUUCAAAAAUUUCAAAGAGCAGAAAUCCUUCAAACCAGAUUUUGGAGCAGAAGGGAUAUACGGGGGUCACAUGCUCGGUGUACGGUCAGUCAGUGGCCUGGCUUUCUAUGAGUGGGACUCCACAGAUCUCAUCAGGAGAAUUGAAAUAACACCAAAGUUUGUGUCGUGGAGUGAGAACGGUGAGUUGGUGUGUAUAUGUACAGACGACUCGUUCUUUAUCCUCAAGUACAAUCCUGAGGCAGUGGAGAAGGCUAAGGAGAAUAAAGAGGACAUCACAGAGGAUGGAAUUGAGGAGGCAUUUGAUGUGGUGGGAGAGAUUGAGGAGACAGUGAAGACUGGUAUCUGGGUUGGAGACUGUUUUAUCUACACCAACAGUGUCAACAGACUCAACUAUUACGUGGGAGGAGAGAUCGUCACAGUAGCUCACUUAGAUAGGAUGAUGUACCUGUUAGGAUACAUUCCCAAGGACAACAGACUGUACCUCGGUGAUAAGGAAUUAAAUGUUGUCAGCUAUUCACUGUUAUUGUCGGUACUGGAGUACCAAACUUCCGUGAUGAGGAGAGACUUUGAGACGGCAGAUAAGGUUCUACCUACCGUUCCCAGAGAACAUCGAACAAGGGUGGCACACUUCCUCGAAAAACAGGGAUUUAAGUCUCAAGCUCUAGCAGUAACAUGUGAUUCUGAACAUAAGUUUGAACUUGCUGUACAACUAGGAGAUCUGAAGAUUGCUUACCAAAUAGCUAAGGAGUCUGAGGCAGAACAGAAAUGGAAACAGCUGGCAGAGUUGGCGAUUAGUAAGUGUGAGUUUGGACUAGCCCAGGAAUGUUUACACCAAGCACAGGACUUUGGGGGUCUACUUCUCCUUGCCAGUUCAGCAGGAAACAGUCAGAUGGUGGCCAGACUCGGUGAAACUGCAGCAAAUGCUGGUCAAAACAAUGUAGCUUUCAUCUCUAACUUUGUACUGGGAAAACUAGAGGAGUGUUUAGAAGUAUUGAUAAGGACAGAACGGAUUCCUGAGGCAGCCUUCUUUGCUAGGACCUACCUGCCCAGCCAAGUAUCAAGAGUAGUAGAAUUGUGGAGGGAGCAGUUGUCUAAAGUGAACCAGAAAGCCGCAAGUUCUCUGGCAGACCCUGGCGAGUAUGAAAACCUGUUUCCAGGACUUAAGGAGGCGCUGAAGACUGAACAAUAUCUACGGCCACAACGGUCACAACUCCUCCCCGCCAAUAGUUACCCAAGUGUGCCGCUUAACACGAGUCGUGUACCAGUGGAGGAGAUGAAUCAGGCUGAAGAAAGGGGAGCAUUCAACUUCACACCAAGUGGAGUACAAGAUGAAGAUGAACAGUUUGAGGAAGCAUCAGCCCCUGAACCACAGGAACCCGUUGCAGCCCAAAAACCCUCGGAGCAGCCAGCUGACGCUCCAACACAGGAUGGACAAUUAUCCAGUGCAGACAUGGCAGACAUUGAACAAGAAUUAGAACUGGACUUGGAAAACCUCAACAUAGAUAACCUGGACUCAGUGGAUGUGAAUUUGGAUGAAGAGUUUCUUGAGGAUUGAUGGAGACAUAUUGAUAUAAAGACAGUGUGAUAUAUUGAUACUGGGAACAAGGCAAUGUAUACAGACAAGAGUGGUCGACAGAGAUUCCACACAUCAUACAUGCUCCAAGUGAUCUUCAGAAGAACAAUGAUUCAAUCCUUGUCUCAGUUCUCUGAAAAAAUUCCUUGUACGAUGGAAAGGUUUUCGUAUUGGAAGGAAAUUGUUU